AUGCUUUUGAAUUUAAUCACUUUUCUCUCCUUGGUUGCUAUUGUGCGAUGUAUAGGCCGCACCCAAUCUACAGCGGUUGAAGGGAUCCUAAUGUGCGGCGAAGAACAAGCUCGAGGAGUUUUAGUGAAACUUUUCGAACAUGACACCAUAACACCGGAUGAGCUUAUGGAUUCAGCUGAGACUGAUAGUCACGGAAAAUUCAAAGUUAGUGGAUCAGCAGAAGAGAUAGGCUCAAUAGAACCAAAGAUAAACAUCUACCACGACUGUGAUGAUGGCAUCAAACCUUGUCAACGCAAACUUACCGUUUUUAUCCCGUCUGCCUACAUCACCUCGGCCAAGCAGCCUUCGAAAACAUUCAACUUGGGCAUUCUGCAACUAGCUGGAAAGUUCGAGGGAGAAACAAGAGACUGCUUACAUGCUUAA